UUUUCUGCUUUGCAUGCUGGGAUGACAGUCUCACCCUAGCAACACAAAGCAAAAGCAUAAACGAUGAGAGCUCUACAUUUAGCUAACAAAUCCAGUCGUUCUUUUGAAAUUACUGUAAAAGAACAUUUUAUAUGAGUUUUCCAUUAUUUCCGAAAUGGAAAAAUUGCAAGCAGAAGAUGCACGGUAUUUGAAAAGGAAAGUGAAAGGAGGGAGUUUGGAUGUCCACCCGACAGAGAAAGCCCUCAUCGUUCAGUAUGAGUUGGAGGCAACUAUCCUCGGUGAGAUGGGAGACCCGAUGGUUGGGGAACGCAAGGAGUGUCAGAAAAUCAUCCGCCUAAAAAGCUUGAACGCCAACACGGACAUUGCUUCCCUAGCUCGGAAAGUGGUGGAAGAAUGCAGGCUUAUUCAUCCAUCUAAACUACCCGAGGUGGAGCAACUGCUCUUCUACCUGCUGAACCGCAAAAAGUCAGACAAACGAGAGAAACACUCGCCGAGAGACCUCGCACCAUUUGAGGGGUUGGAGCUGGAUGAGGAGGCCAACAUCAACAGGAUAGAUCACUAUGUGGAGCUGCUGUAUGAGGACAUCCCAGAGAAGGUCAGGGGUGCCACCCUCAUCCUCCACCUUGCCCGCAACCCAGACAACCUGGAGGAGCUCCUGCAGAAUGAGACAGCCCUGGGAGCCCUGGCCAGAGUUCUGAGGGAGGACUGGAAACAGAGCGUUGACCUGGCAACCACCAUCAUCUACGUCUUCUUUUGCUUCUCCAGUUUCUCCCAGUUCCAUGGGCAGGUGACCCACUAUAAGAUCGGAGCCCUCUGUAUGAACAUAAUUGAACACGAGCUGAAGAGGUACGACCUCUGGCAGGACGAACUGCAGAAGAAGGCUGCAGCCUGUGACGAUGACCAUAAGAACCAGAAUGUGAAGAAGGAGCAUGAGAAAGCCUUCAAGAAGUACCAAGGUCUACUGAUCAAGCAGGAGCAGCUUCUACGAGUGGCUCUGCACCUGUUGUUGAACCUUGCUGAGGACACGCGCACCGAGCUGAAGAUGAGAAACAAGAACAUCGUCCACACCCUGGUGAAGACCCUGGACCGGGAAGACGAGGAGCUGCUGGUGCUGGUGGUCUCCUUCCUCAAGAAGCUCAGUAUCUUCCUGGAGAAUAAGAAUGACAUGGCAGAGACGUAUGCUGUGGAGAAACUGGCCAGGCUGCUGCCCUGUAAGCAUGAAGACCUACUGAACACUACACUGCGCCUGCUCCUCAACCUCUCCUUUGACACAGGCCUCCGCAGCCAGAUGGUUCAGGCUGGACUCAUCCCCAAACUCUCCUCACUGCUAGCUGACGAGAGCCAGAGACAGCUGUGUAUGUGCAUUCUGUACCACAUCAGUGUGGACGACAGAUUCAAGUCCAUGUUUGCCUACACGGACUGCAUACCACAGUUGAUGAAGAUGCUGUUUGAUUGUGGUGAGAGCCCCAUGGACCCUGAGCUCAUCUCCUUCUGCAUCAACCUGGCUGCCAACAAGAGGAAUGCACAGGUCAUCUGUGAAGGUAAUGGUCUGAAGAUGCUGAUGAAGAGGGGUCUGAAGCUAAAGGAUGUUCUGACCAUGAAGAUGAUCAGGAACGUUUCUCAACACGACGGACCCACCAAGAACCUCUUCAUAGACUACGUAGGUGACUUGGCUGCUCAGACGGGAGUGGAGGAGAGGGAAGAGUAUGUGAUUGAGUGUCUGGGGACCCUGGCUAACCUCACCAUCCCUGACCUGGACUGGGAACUGGUGCUGAAGGAGUACAACCUGGUGCCCUUCCUCAAAGACCGCCUCAAACCAGGCUCGGCAGAGGAUGACCUGAUCCUAGAGGUGGUAAUCAUGAUAGGGACGGUGUCCAUGGACGGCUCCUGUGCUGCCAUGAUGGCCAAGUCUGGCAUUAUAUCUGCCCUCAUCGAGCUGCUCAAUGCCCAACAGGAGGAUGAUGAGUUUGUGUGUCAGAUCGUCUAUGUUUUCUACAAGAUGGUGUUCCACCAAGCCACCAGGGAUGUCAUCAUCAAGGACACCCAGGCUCCCGCCUACCUCAUUGACCUGAUGCAUGACAAGAACGCAGAGAUACGCAAAGUCUGUGACAACACACUGGACAUCAUCGCUGAGUAUGAUGAAGAGUGGGGGAGGAAGAUCCAGAGUGAGAAGUUCCGCUGGCACAACUCCCAGUGGUUAGAGAUGGUGGACAACAGAGCCAUGGGAGACGACGGAGAACCAUUCAUGUACGGAGACGAUGGGGAACCUUUCAUGCACAACGGAGACAUUCUAGAGAGACGUGACCUCUUCUACAGUGCAGAUGGGAUCAUCCCAGCAGACAGUACCAUCAGCCCAGAGUUCUUCAUAGACUACCAGAAUGGAGACAUGGGCCAGGCUGGAGGCUUCCCAGGCAGGCCCAGGAUGUAGUCAGACAGAUGGUCAGUGAGGCAGGCAGGAUUUCCAGUAUGAAUAUCGAUACGUUCAGACAGUCGACGGUGACCUCUGGACAGCGCCCUGCCACGGCUUCUGGCUUCCGGCCAGAAGAGCAGUUCUUCUACAGCUAGGCUGGAAUCGGCCUCCAGAUCAACCAGGUCAAAUUGGGUUCACUACACCGCACAGACUGACUACAGCUAUCUCCUGUGUAGCUCGCUACGCUAAGGUGUGUAGUGAUGAGUGUAUCAACACGACUGUGUGUUUAACAGCUAGUCGCUUCAAGUGCUCUAUUCCAAGCUCUAGCAGUGAUGAUGUUGCUGUUUUAUUGAAUGCUACCAUUACAUCUUAAGCUACCCAAACGCUUUUCUUUUUCUAGUUAAGGUCAUAAAAAAAUGGCAAUUUGUUUUGAGCUUUAAUUGGAAUAUAUUUGCAUAUAUCUCAAAUGUGUUCACUAUAAGCAUGUACCAUAAUGUAAGAACACUUACUUAACUUUAGUCUUAACUUAUACAGGAUGAGCGUUGCUUUGUUUCCAUAGGAUGUUUUCCACGCAUUACAUUUCCGAAGUAGAGGUGGUUGGUUGGUAUUGCACAGUGUGAGUCUUAUUCUUAUAGUCCAACAGCUGCAUGCUGUGACAGUCCUUUUUAUAGGUGACCUCAUUCAUGAGACUGACCGUUUUACUUCUUUGCCUUUGUACAAACAUUCAGUAAUUUAUGUUUAUUUAAUUGUUUUCUUUUAUAUAAAUUAACAAUUUGUUGUGUUGUCUCUUCAUUGUGCCUGGUGCUCAUCAGAACACAUUUUUCUGUGGUGCAAUAUUUAAAAUAAAGUGUUGAAAACGGA